AACAGGUCUCCGAGUUGGCUAUUGAGGUGUUUAGAAACCCGUCCAACGUGACCUUCAGUUGCUCCGCACGGAAUGGGACAGAGGUCAGAGGACAGAGCUACCGCUGGCUAAAGGACGGUGAAGACCUCACGGUAACCAAUGACACGUUGAUAUCCAACGAUGGCCACCAGCUGUUGCUGACGUUAAUGGAUCCAGUGCUUUGCGGGAUCUACACCUGUCUUGUGACCAAUAAACUUGGCCAAACAUUGGUGAACAAGACUAUCUCAGGUGCGGAGGGGUUUGAACAGUGCACACACGCUCGGAAAGGACGGGAUGUACAAACGAGACUCAGAAUGAUUGGGUUCUCUGUCAUCAUGGUGUUGGUGGCUGGUGUGUUUCUGAUGGUACUGCAAAGUCGAUCGAGUGGUCUUUGAGGUCAGAGUGGAUCGCGAUUGAACCAAUCCUGGUGGAAAAAGGUUUUUCCGUCAUGACUCGCGGGUCACAAAACAUGAAUCAACACUCCCCACCAUCCAGACUCUCCCCAGAUCACUGUGGAUCCAACAGCAUCUCCCUCUGCCCAGACUCUCCCCAGAUCACUGUGGAUCCAACAGCAU